CGCUGUCGCACCAUGUACUACCCUGAUCGCAAUACGGUCAUAUAUUGGAACGCAUAUGCAGCGCAGCACGCAAGACAUGUAAAAAAAAGAUUGCUAAAAGUCUUUGGCUGGUCUGAGUAAAAUCAGGAUUUGCAGCAGAAAAAAAGUCUGACAGUCCUUGAACGGAACCAACUCCCUCACUUCAUCAAGUUUAUCUUGCAAGCCACCACUGUCGACACUUUCAAAUUUGGGGGUCAUCAAAUAUGGAUGAAGCUGACAAAUAUUCCCUCAGUAGCAUCAGUGGAUACAUCACAGAUAACCUGGAUGCCAAGUAUGUCCUGGAUCACCUCAUCGAAGCUGAAGUCCUAGAUCCAGAUGAUGAUGAAGAAAUCAGAGCAGAAAAAACAUCAAGGAAACGAACCGAAAGGCUACUGGAGAUCCUACCAAAUUCUCGCCCAGAUGCUUUAAAACAUUUCAAAAAUGCCUUGCAGAAAGACUACAGACACAUUGUGCAGAAACUCAAUGCUGUCCAAGUGCCUGCUCAGAUAAAAAAGGAAGCCCAGCCUGGUGCAGUGGGACAAAGUAUAGCUGCAGCAUCAACAACAGCUGCAGUGAGAUCGCAAAAGGAUGGAGGUGUUACCACGACAACCAAAACUCAUGCCGGUGUCACGUCCAGGACCACCAACAUCACAGGCAACAACAAUUUCGUAAUAAUUGGGGGUACGAACACAACUAUCAACUACCAUUAGGCACCGGGGUCCACAACAAUGAAGAAUGCAUCUUUUCCUGCCUUUGUCUUGCUCUAGAACAUCCACACAGUUGGUCUGCUGCCUGGCAGACAGUCAUAUUAAGCAAGCUGUUACCAUUGAAAUUGUGUUAAUAAUUGUGUUAACAGAGUGACUGAGUACCCUUUCUGCCAGGCACAUGACAAAAGACAUUGGACAAUCAUUUGGAUCUUUUCAUUUUAGAUCAUUCUUCAUAUUGAGAGUUUUUCCCUUCACAGAAGUACACGUACAUGUAUACAGUUUAGUCACCAGUUGCAUGUAGAUCGUAUUUUUUAGUGACAAGGGAUUUCAAAAUAUCCCUUAUGUCUGUACCAGUCCGAAGUUGUGCAUAUGAUGCAUGUGAUAAGAAUGUUGAAACCACGGUAGUCACUAAACUGUUCUUUGAACAACUUACUUGAUGAAUGAUGCUUUGGAGUACAUGUAAAUACACUUUUUUUUUUAAGAUAUCCUGAGUUGUUGUUGACUCACUGUGCAACUCAAGAGUUAUGCAAGCAGUCCUGUCCAGAUUUAGGGAAAAGGGAAAUCAUGUUGAGUCUAACAUUAGUGUCAAGACACAAUCACCACUGUGCAUGCAUUUCAGGUACUGUCAUAUCAAAUGCUCAAAAAUGGCAGCAUCUAAUUUGCAACGUAUUUGGCAAUUGCCAACAGUUACUCAGAUUUCUGUUUGUGAGUCGCUAACUAGCAUCCAUAUAGGCAUUUUGUUUUAUUAAGAUGUUUUUUCAGAUAUCAGUCUUAGAGUCAAGCCAUGAAAAUAGGGUUGAUCGAUAAUUCAGAGCAGAGGAAACUUUUGGUUUUACUGUUGGGCCCAUCAGGCAGCUGCCUUAAAGUUUUAUUCUGAACAUCUUGAAAUAAAGUUAGGAA